GCGGCCGGGUCUGAGGGAGCCGGAGGACGGGGAGCAGCGGCAGCGGCGAUGUCGGUGCAGGUGGCGGCCCCCGCCGUGGAGCUGAAGGAGCUGGGCGGCCCCAGGGACAAGGGGGCGGCCGCCCCGUCCCGCCCGGCCGAGCCGGGGCCUCUCCCCCCGCCGGGGCUCGGCGUGGCCGGGGCGCCCUGCCCGCUGCCGGCCCCGGCCGGGGAGCGUGAGGCGGCGGCGGCCCCCGGCGCGGGGUGCGGGGCCGAGCGGCCUCCCGUGAGCGGCUGCCCCGGGCUCCCCGCGGCCGGGCUCCCCCCCGGGGCCGCCAAGGUGCCGCAGGCUUCGGCCAUGAAGAGGAGCGACCCGCACCACCCGCAGCACCGGCACCGGGACGGCGGGGACGGCGGCGCCGGGCGGGAGGCGAUGGUCAGCCCCGACGGCACCGUCACCGAGGCGCCCCGCACCGUCAAGAAGUUUUCAUCAUUACAGAAACACCAGAAAAGGCCAUAGAUGAUUUAUUGGAG